CAUCACCAUCACCACAGAGGCAAGAGAGAGGACAGUGCUACCGGAACCAUCACAGAUUACCUUGGCUAGCAACUACAGACAGACAGAUAGUCCAGAGAUAAGAACACCGAACACAGAGAUACCAAGACAGGCAGAUAGAGGAGUCCUAGAAACGAACAGAGGUGAUAAAACCAAUAUAAGGACAGAAAUUCACCCACACAGAACCGUGAUAAUGCAGGUGUGUACCGUUGUUGAGAAGCGUGCUGGGGCCGUGGUGGGGGCUGAGCUGGCCUGCAGCGUACGGGAGGAGAACCAGGCUCAGAGGGAGAGCUACAAAGCCGACUGGAACAGUGUUAACAUGAAGACCCGGGCCAUGGACAGGCAGACAAUGAACAUGAACGAUGACUCUCGUAGGGAGACCUACACUCGUCAGUGGGAGGCUCGCUCUCUGGCCCAGGCCUGUCCCUCGGGGGUGUACAGAGUGGGCACCGUGGAGAGGGGUGUGAGAGAGCACCAGCUCCUACCCAAGAGGAACACCCUGCCCCUGCCCAUCUUCACGCCCGCACAGCUGGGCAUCCGGCUGGGUCGCGGAGCACCACACACCCAGGAGGACCUCCGUCCCUUCCCCAUCCCCGACGGUGCCUGCCCUGGCAAGAGGGCCGUGGUCGAGAUCACACAGGACCUGCCCCCCGCCAAGCCACUCAGGAUGGAGUUCGCCAAGGCACCCAAAGCACUGGGCCGCUCCAUGUCACAGGAGGUCCAGAGAGGGUGAAGGAAGAGGAGAGAGAGAAAGGUUCACUUUUGGGGCUCAGCCCAUCAGAUAACAGCAUGGCGGGAUGUAUAUAGAUUUAUUCCUCGUGACAUUUAUUCCAUCCCUAUUCCCUAGUAGAGCCGUCACACAGUGUAUGCCUUUCCUGUUUCAUUAAGUGUUACAUGUAUACUAGGGACAUGUCCAAUGUCACACUGUUUGUUAUACAAGGUAUUAUUUGCUUAGAGAUCUGAUGGCAUCUUUUGAUUGACAGAAAGGCAGACAAAUGCUCUGUUCUUUCAGCUGUGCCAUCAACUAAUCUCCCUGUUGACUGGAAAAGACCAGACUGUCCUUGUUACGUCUACACACUUAAUGAACUGCCCUUGCCCCCCUGCCUGGCUAAAGCCAGCUGUGGAUAAGCCACACAGCAUAGUACAGCAUUCUGACCGCAUUGUAUGCAGUGGUACAUUCUACCCCACUUGUCAUAUUAUGGCACCUCACAGUAUUGAGACAGCAGGACGUUUAAUAUGCUCAACCAAUGUGCGUAUGAGGAUGUAUUUCUUGAUAUAUUCAUGUGGAAUGAUGCACAGAUGAGGGAGGUGAGGGAAGGGAGAUAUGAAGGUAUCAAAGACGCUUCAAAAGGGACAGAGUGGGAGAGAGCAGAAGAGAAUUGGAACUGUAGAGAGGAAAGGAACAAGAAAGUGGGCCCGGAGGGAGGGGUGGGCUCAACAUACCUUGGCAUCCAUCCCUCUUCUUUUGUAAGAAUGGAGAGCUGGUGAGCCUCCAGACCUUCAGAAGUCCUUGACACGCUCUAAUCCUGGGUGAGAGGACAGAACGGUACAACACGAUCCCACACUGGGAACCCAGACAAAGGAGCCCCCUGGGCACAGACGUCAAUUCAACAUCUAUUCCACGUUGGUUCAAUGUCAUUUCAUUGAAAUGACGUGGAAACAAUGUUGAUUCAGCCAGUGUGUGCCCAGUGGGAGGUUUGUGUGUCCCGGAUCGUAACUCAAGUCAUUGAUAUAGACUGACUACCUGUAUGAUCAAGACUUAUCGUAUAUAUUGAAACGACGUGUCAUUUGACAGUGUUUGAGCUGGUCUGCCCACCUAGCUGUGUGUUAAUGUUGACAUCUGAUGUAUCUGGUAGAGUUAGUGAACAGAUCAUGCAGAAUGAUUUGAGUCUCUACUGUUGUAGAGGAAAGUGGGGUAAGUUGAGCCCUUUCUUACAUUCAGCAUCACUCUGUC